AUGGUCGACUCACUCUUGCUCUCUGAUGAUACAUUUGGUUUGUGGACGUGUAAUGAACGAGGUUCACUCGAUGUGGACAUAAGAAACACAGCUGAUAGAUGUCACGGCGCUUUGGCUGUUUUUGGAGAAGAUGUCUAUUUGGCCCAAACAAGUCAAGAUGUAAUUACUGGCGUUGAUCAGCAAGUUGUUGUUCGUUAUGGUCUUUCAUCGUUUCUUCCUUCUCAUGCAUUUUUAUCAUUUUCUCUUGAAGUGACUGCUUUGGCAACGAAUGGAAUUUAUUUAAUUGCAGGUUCAGGUGAUUUUAUGGUUAAAUCUGUCCGAUUGGAUACUACCUCAGGCCAGUCAUCCAUUGAACGUUAUGAAUUUGAAGCUGCAAUUUUAAACAUUUCAAUAAGUCCAAGUGGAGAGUAUUUUGCCGUUUCGACAUCUGAUGGGAAUGUCCAUAUUCGUCCAAUUCAAAAAAAUCAACAAACUUCCACUUCCAAGAAACCGAUUGCCAAGUUUAAGGCUUGUAAUGAAUUCUCUAUAGCAAAAAUUCAAUGCCCUCGAAUUCAAUGUGUAUGGGAUCCUCAAUGCAAAUAUUUAUUUAUUCCCGGAAGAGGUGGAAUUAUUGUUGUUGAUUGUUUGACAUGGGAUAGAAAGACAUUGCUUACACAUCCAGAUGUUGAUUAUGUUUGUUUAUUUUUACUCCUUAUUUUUAAUUUUGAUUUUAGGAAAAUUUUUCUGUUUUAUCUCUUAACUCGUCCAAUGAAUCGUUUUUAG